UCUGCAGCUCGCAUAACCGCAGGCACCCGGCCGGCUCAGCCUGCGCCGGGCCGCCUUGCUAGCUCCGGGCUCGGCAGGCGGCCCGUGGGGUACCGGAUCGCUGCGCCCACAGCUGGAGACCAAGGCAGGCGCUGACCUGAGGCCCGGAGGCCCGUGAGACCUUCGCUUCCAGCUGUUUGGGAAGAGGAUUAAAACACCACAGGAAUCUGGGAAAUCUUGGACAUCCUCUGGACUCCAAGGGCUUAGUACAGACAGCCCCUGUUUGGUACUGCCAAGUUCCCUAAUGACAGGUCAUUUUUAGGGGAGGAAAUGCAGGCAUAGAAGGUACUGACCCCAGAAGCGAACCGGAUCAGGAGGUUCCUGCUCGCCUGUGGUGUGACACCUUUACAGCACUUUAUGGUAGCCCUCGGACCCCUCCACACCACGGUGCCACGCAGCUCCUGAACCAUGGGAGAAAAUGAGGAUGAGAAACAGGCCCAGGCCAGCCAGGUCUUUGAGAACUUUGUGCAAGCUACCACGUGCAAAGGCACCCUCCAGGCCUUCAACAUCCUUACCUGCCUCCUGGACCUAGAUCCGCUGGACCAUAGAAACUUCUACUCUCAGCUCAAGUCCAAGGUGAACACCUGGAAGGCCAAGGCCCUCUGGCACAAGCUGGAUAAGCGUGGCGCCCACAAGGAGUACAAGCGAGGAAAAGCCUGCAUGAACACCAAGUGUCUCAUUGUCGGAGGAGGACCGUGUGGCUUGCGCACUGCCAUUGAACUUGCCUACCUGGGAGCCAAAGUGGUUGUAGUGGAGAAGAGAGACACCUUUUCCCGGAACAACGUCCUGCACCUCUGGCCCUUCACCAUCCACGACCUGCGGGGACUAGGAGCCAAGAAGUUCUAUGGGAAAUUCUGUGCUGGCUCCAUUGACCACAUCAGUAUCCGUCAGCUACAGCUCAUCCUGUUCAAGGUGGCCUUGAUGCUGGGGGUGGAAAUCCAUGUGAACGUGGAAUUCGUGAGGGUUCUAGAGCCUCCUGAAGACCAAGAAAAUCAAAAAGUCGGCUGGCGGGCAGAAUUCCUCCCUGCAGACCACGCCCUGUCUGACUUUGAGUUUGACGUCAUCGUUGGUGCCGACGGCAAUAGGAACACACUGGAAGGGUUCAGGAGGAAGGAGUUCCGGGGGAAGCUAGCCAUCGCUAUCACUGCCAACUUCAUAAAUAGGAACAGCACGGCUGAGGCCAAGGUGGAGGAGAUCAGUGGCGUGGCCUUCAUCUUCAACCAGAAGUUCUUUCAGGACCUUAAAGAAGAAACAGGGAUUGAUCUCGAGAACAUUGUCUACUACAAGGACUGUACUCACUACUUUGUCAUGACAGCCAAGAAGCAGAGCCUGCUGGACAAAGGAGUCAUCAUUAAUGACUACAUUGACACAGAGAUGCUCCUGUGCACAGAGAAUGUGAACCAGGAAAAACUGCUCUCCUAUGCCCGUGAAGCUGCGGAUUUUGCCACUAAUUACCAGCUGCCAUCCUUAGACUUUGCCAUAAAUCACAACGGGCAGCCUGAUGUGGCCAUGUUCGACUUCACCUCCAUGUAUGCCUCAGAGAACGCAGCCCUGAUGCGUGAGCGCCAGGCACACCAGCUGCUUGUGGCCCUUGUGGGCGACAGCUUGCUUGAGCCGUUUUGGCCCAUGGGCACAGGUUGUGCCCGGGGCUUCUUGGCAGCCUUUGACACAGCAUGGAUGGUGAAGAGCUGGGACCAGGGCACCUCUCCCCUGGAGGUGCUGGCUGAAAGAGAAAGUCUUUACCGGCUGUUACCUCAGACAACCCCAGAGAACAUCAACAAAAAUUUUGAACAAUACACAUUGGACCCAGCAACGCGGUACCCAAACCUCAACCUGCAGUGCGUCAGGCCUCACCAGGUGAAGCAUUUAUACAUCACUAAAGAACUGGACCGCUUCUCUCCCGAGAGAUGGGGCUCAGUGAGGAGAUCCGUUAGCCUCUCCAGGCGGGAGUCAGACAUCCGGCCUAACAAGCUCUUAACCUGGUGCCAGCAGCAGACCGAGGGUUACCAGCGCGUCCGUGUCACCGACCUGACCACAUCCUGGCGCAGUGGCCUGGCCCUGUGUGCCAUCAUCCACCGCUUCCGGCCAGAGCUGAUCAACUUUGACUCACUGAAUGAAGAUGAUGCUGUGGAGAACAACCAGCUGGCAUUUGAUGUGGCCAAGCGCGAGUUUGGGAUCCUGCCUAUGACUACAGGCAAAGAGAUGGCGUCUACUGAGGAGCCCGACAAGCUCAGCAUGGUCAUGUACCUCUCCAAGUUCUAUGAGCUCUUCCGGGGCACUCCACUGAGACCCAUGGAUUCCUGGCGUAAAAACUAUAAAGAAAAUACUGACUUCGACUUGGGCAAAUCACUCAUUCCUAAUAACUAUCUCAACCUCACAUUUCCCAGGAAGAGAACCCCACGGGUAGACACCCAGACUGAGGAGAGUGACAUGAACAAGAGGAGGCGUCAGGGCCUCAACAACCUGGAAGAGCUGCCAGCUUUCUCCAGUCGUAGCUUGGGCUCCAGUCAAGAGUGUGCUAGAGAAGGUGGCAAUCAGAACAAAGUCAAGUCCAUGGCCAAUCAGCUGCUGGCCAAGUUUGAGGAGAACACACGGAACCCUGCAGCCCAGAAACAGGAAUCCGUACGAAAGGCAUUUCCCCUGAGCCUGGGUGGCAGCGACACCUGCUACUUCUGUAAGAAGCGCGUGUUUGUGAUGGAGCGGCUGAGUGCCGAGGGUCACUUUUUCCACCGUGAGUGCUUCCGAUGCAGCGUCUGUACCACUACCCUGCGCCUGGCUGCCUAUGCCUUUGACUGCGAUGAAGGCAAAUUUUACUGCAAGCCCCAUUUCAUUCAUUGUAAAACCAACAGCAAACAACGGAAGAGACGGGCAGAGCUGAAGCAGCCAAGAGAGGAGGAAGGGACAUGGCAGGAGCAGGAAGCCCCUCGGAGGGACACUCCCGUGGAGAGCUCUUGCGCAGUGGCGGCCAUCAGCACGCCAGAAGGCAGCCCUCCAGAUGAGCCCACCUCUCCCAAGAAGCCAAAGAGUGUCCCUGAGCCCACACCCAGAGACACGGAUGCUGAAGUCACCUCUUCCCAACCCUCCGAAUGGACUUCAGUGAGGAUUGGUCCAGGAGAGGAUGCAGUCGGACAGGAUGUGCUGGCCGUGCGGGUCCUGGUCACCAGUGAGGACAGCAGCUCUGACACAGAAUCUGACUGUGGCGGCAUCAGAGCCCCCUGUGCAAAGGCCUGCGAAGAGAGGCCCCAGCUUCCAGCAUCUCCACCUCCUUCAAAGCCCCCAAUCCGGCACUUUUCCCUGCGGGAGCCCCUGACUAAAUCAGCCUCUCUGCUAUACCAUGAGGAGCCACUAGCUCUGCCUGCACUGCAAAGGACCUACAGCCUCCAGUCUCCAACUCCAAGCAAAUACCAGAGCUGGGGAAGAAAAUUCCAGUCCUAUUCAACACCCAUGACCAGAAGAGCACCACCGCCUCCCAAGGAGUCUCCUCCUCCUUCAUCUUUAUCUUCUUCCUCUUCCCUGCCAUCUUCCUUUUCUUCAAUUAGUGUACCUGAGCACACUUCAGAUAAUUCUCCUCAGGUGCCAGCUUAUGACCUCCACUCCCUGCCCAUCUCCAGAGGUGAUUUUAGCCCCACUCCACUCUACCUGAGACGCGCCAGGGCUCAAGGGAUCUCAAAGGAAAUUCCUCUCUAUCUGCCUCAUAGCCCCGUGCUGGAGAGCACAGGCCUGGUGAGCCCUAGUGGAGAAGACCUCAGCAGCCCUGGCAAGACGGCUUCAGAGGACUGCCAGGAAACCUGGGCUCCUCCCGGGAGCACCAAAAGCAUGUAUCUCAUCGCAGGGAAAGACCAGUGUUUGUCCAAUCAAAACCUAACUCUUGGGACUGCAAGGAACCCAAGAGAAGUAAGUGAGGGACCCAGGAGGGAACAGACAGGUGGCCCAGGGCUGUCUACAGAAAAGAAAUUGAGUUUGAAGAAAAUAACCCUCACACAGGAGCAGAAGAACAAGUUACUAGACUGGAAUGACCCCACCUCUGAGCACAGGACUGGGGAGCGACUCUCCCAAGAAAGAGCUGAAAAUGGAAGAGGUCAUACCCGGAAACCAUUCUGCUCCUCUACCCUCCCUCAGGCAGUGAAAGAGAAACUGCUAUCCCAGACAGGGGCCCAGGAGGAGAUAUGCACCCCAGCUGGCAAGUCACCUCGGGAGCGAGAACAGCCUCCACCCAAGUCUCCCCUGAAGUACAUAGCAAAUGCCAUCCGAAAGUCUCUGCACCUCAGUUCUGAAGGUGGAAAGAAGACCUGCCCUAAGCCAGAGUCAAAUACGUUGCCUCGGGGCCAACCACAUGGCUUCGCUCGCUCCUUUAGUUUUCGGAAACCCAGCUCCAAUAAAGAUAAAGACCAGCCGUCUCCAGUGAGACACAUGGCCAAGAAGGCUUCAGCCUUCUUCUCUCUGGCUUCUCCAACUUCUAAGGCUACCCCAGCCUCAGACCUUAGCCUUCCUGACCCUAUCCUCCGCUCCCGGAGUUUGCCCAGUCGUCCAUGCAAGACAUUCUCUGCAACCACAUCCCCACCAUCCCACGGCAAGAUUGAGGAUGUCCCCACGCUCCUGGAGAAAGUGAGUUUUCAGGAUGCCACCCACGUUCCAAAGAAACGAGCCUCGCGUAUUUCUUCCCUGGGCCUCAAAGAUAAAUCCUUUGAGAGUUUCCUCCAGGAAUGCAAGCAAAGAAAAGACAUUGGGGAUUUCUUUAGCAGCCCCAAGGAGAAGGGGCCACCCGGGAACAGAGUCCCAUCUUUGGAGAAGCUGGUACAGCCUUUUGGCAGCACCUCGCUGAGGCAGGUGGCGCAUCUUUCUUCUACGGGGCAGGAUGCACGCCUUGGAGCUCCAGUAACAGAGGCCACCUCUUCUCCCUCGUCUCCCACCUCCUCCUCUGCAGAGGAAGAUGCUGACUCCCAGUCUUCCUCACUGCUAAAGAAGAAGAUACCCAGAAGAAGAAGGAAGCUGGAGAAGCAGUUGGUUAAGCAAGAAGAAUUGAAAAGACUCCAUAAGGCUCAGGCCAUCCAGAGGCAGCUAGAGGAGGUGGAGGAGCGGCAGAGGAUCUCGGAGAUCCAAGGUGUGAGGCUGGAGAAGGUGCUGAGAGGAGAAGCAGAUUCAGGGACACAGGACGAAGCCCAGCUUUUGCAGGAAUGGUUUAAGCUGGUUCUGGAGAAGAAUAAAUUAAUGCGCUAUGAGUCGGAGCUACUGAUCAUGGCCCAGGAGCUAGAACUAGAAGAUCACCAAAGGAGACUGGAGCAGAAGCUACGACAGAAGAUGCUCAAGGACGAGGGCCAGAAAGAUGAGAAUGAUCAAAAGGAGGAGCAAGAAAUAUUCAAGCAGAUGAUUCAGGUGAUUGAGCAAAGAAACAAGCUUGUGGAUUCUCUGGAGGAACAGCGUGUCAAGGAAAGAACCCAAGACCAACACUUCGAAAACUUCGUUCUCUCCAGAGGCUGUCAACUCAGCAGGACUUAGGCGCCCCUCCCCCACUGAA